GUUGCUCAUGUUGGUGAGCCUGAAUUUUCUAAUCUGGCCAUGCGCACAAGAAUCACCACUUCCUUUCUCGUAAACGAUUGACAAGAUGUCAUCGAAGAUCGUAAAGUCAGGGGGCGGCGAUCCCGAUGCGUUUGAAACGCAAGUAGCUCAAGCUCUUCUGGAGCUUGAAAUGAACUCGGACUUGAAGGCUCAAUUGAGGGAGCUGCAUAUAACAAAAGCUAAGGAGAUUGAGCUAAACAAUAAAAAGUCGGUGAUAAUCUACGUGCCCAUGCCCAAACUCAAACAGUUCCAGAAAAUCCAAACUCGCUUGGUACGAGAACUGGAGAAGAAAUUCAGUGGCAAGCAUGUAGUUUUUGUGGGUGAGCGUAAAAUUUUGCCUAAGCCCACUCGUAAGACGCGUACUAAAAACAAGCAGAAGCGUCCAAGGUCGCGCACUCUGACGGCCGUUUAUGAUGCGAUCCUCGAAGAUCUUGUAUACCCUGCAGAAAUUGUGGGGAAGAGGAUUCGGGUUAGGUUGGACGGAUCACAGCUCAUUAAGGUCCACCUUGACAAAAAUCAGCAAACUACAAUUGAACACAAGGUGGAUACAUUCGCUUCCGUUUACAAAAAACUGACAGGGAGGGAAGUCACUUUCGAGUUUCCAGAGCCCUAUUUGUAAUAUGUGGACAGUUAUUUAAUAAAUAAUUGAAAAAAUGUAUUUUUUAUUAAAUCGAAAUUGUUAAA